AUGAUUAUUUUGGGUCGUGCAACUAGAAGAUUCUGCAGAUAUCUCUCCACUGCAAGUGAAAGGUCUGAAAAUUCUGUUCAUCGAUUCAUGAAUUUUUUACAGUAUCAGUGUUUUUGAUCCGACUACAGCCAACGUCGCUGGAGGCAGUUAUUCCGUUCUGAUAGUUCAUCCAAAGGUUUUUAAAGGAUACCUAUAGCUGAUCUCUAUUUCUGUAGGUCCGAUGGGGCUCUUUCUCCCCUUCGGUGCUGAAAAACGCAGAUCGGCAGUUGGAAGAAGCUGUGACUCUGGUGAACACACUGCCUUACAUGGUCGCCGUUGAGUUACCGAGCCUCGGGUGCUGUGUAACUGAAGAUUUUCAGUAGCCUCGUUGUGCCUGUCGACUACAACACGAAAAGAAAAGGGCUUUGGCCUCGGGGUCGCACCGAAAAGCUUCUUGAAAGGCGGGAGCAAGUCCGCGCCACCGCACUCAUGAUCAAUGUCGAGAUGCUCUCUCCGAUGCAACAGGUUUCCAUGACCUUUCUGUGAAUAUAUAAAAAAAGUUAAAAUAAUGCUGCAGGAAGAGCUUUACCGAACAUUUGGGGUCCCUGUUUUCGAUCGUUACAACAUCGUCAUGUCUAUUUUCAAAGCCUACGCGAAAACGGAAGAAGCCCGGCUACAGAUUGCCUUGGCCGAGCUUCCUUAUAUUCGGUAGAAAUCUACCCGGUUCAAAGGGGAGGAUAAAUACUCUCAGAAACCGAUUGAACAUGAUCACUUCAAAACGGACUCAAUCCCCGCCUUCGGUCUUCCACGUUCAGCAAACUUUUGCAGAUCAUGAAGGGUAGGAAUUUUUGAAUCUGAGAAGAAAGUCUUAUCAGCCCAGUUCUCAGAACAGACCUGCAUGAAAGCCUUCGGAAAAGAGAGCAGGAGCUGAGGAAACGGCUCAAAGAAUGUGUGGAAAAGGGCGAAGAAGAGUGCGCUCAGACGACCUCCGGAGCAGCUCUUGUUGCUGUUGUUGGGUGAGAAGUCCAUCUCUUUUCUUGAUUGGACUGUACUACAGAUAUACAAAUGCUGGUAAAACGAGUCUAGUCAAGAAACUGACUGGAGCGGAAUCUCUGCAGCCGCAAGACAGGCUCUUUGCGACUUUGGACACGACUAGGCAUCAAGCAAGGUCUGGAUCUUCACGCCACGGAUACCCGAGGGUCCUUCAGACUUCCUUCUGGUCGUAGCGUCGUUUUCGCUGACACGAUCGGAUUCCUCAGCGAUCUUCCGACGAAUCUCAUCGCCGCGUUUCAGGCGACUCUCUCUCAUGUCAAGUUUGCCGUUAGUUUCAUUUUGAAUUGAAAAAAGGCGAAUCAGAAUAGCUAGAUAAUAAAACCGUAUCUUUUUAUGCAAGGUUAAUGCUGAAAAAAAAAUCUAAGGAGAGUCAACUCCAAAGCCGUCUUACCUAAUUCGACUUGCUAUUACCAAAAAAACAGACAGACUUGUCGUGAAAAAUAAGAUAAAUGGUUCAGAUAGGAAUGAAUUGGACGCUUGGUCUUUCAGAAUGUGAUUGUUCACUUACGCGACGUCUCCCACGCGGAUUGGAGAGCGCAAGAUGAAGACGUCGUCGCGACUCUGAAGCGGAUCGGCAUCUCCGAGAAGGCGUCCGUCGUCACCGUCGACAACAAAAUCGACAAAGACGGCGCCGCCGAAAUAAGCGAAACGGACAACGAUUUGCGGGUUUCCUGUGCGAAUGGCGAAGGUCUUGAACAGUUCAUCAGGAUAAUCGACGAGGCAGUCUCUAUCAGUAAGAACUGAUCUACCAAUGUAUCUUCAGAAGGUUUUGGAAGCGACCAAGUGCAAGAAAAUCAAGGUGAAGCUGAAGGCGGACUCUCCGCUCAUCGAGUAUCUAUACAGGUCUCGAUGCUAGAAAUAUGUUUGUGAAUUCAGCUUCUUUCAGGGAAAAGCUUGUUAAUAUCGAACCAGAGGUCGAUGAAGAUUCAUUAACUUUCGAAAUCUACGUCGACGAAGCACAACUGUCACGAUUCCGAGCAAAAUUCAACCAGUUGAAGGCCAAAAAUGAUUUAUCCUGA